AUGGAAAAUCCUCGGACGACGAUGAAAUGGGACUUUGAUAGACCCAGCAGUGAUAACGAUUCCGAUGAUGACCAUGGCGAGCUUAUCUCAAACGUGUUCUUCUCAGCGUGGGCCGAAUCUCGUCGAGUGCGUUUCUUCCUGCAGCCGCCCGCCGGGAACAGCAGCGCUAGCAGCGGGUCACAGACGAGAGUGAAAAAGAAGAUAUAUAUCAAAGGCAAGAACAAGAGCAGCAUUUGCAUAAAAGAGCCUGAAGACGACGAAAAGCCCGACCCCUAUGUGGCGACACUGGUGAACUCUUGCGAAGAUAGUCGAGACGACCCCAACACUUGCUGCGACAGAAAGGGGCACAGUCAGCAGUGUGGUCAGGGUUACCACAGUCUAGCUCAGGUCCUGCAACUCAAGCAGCCCCAACUUGGUGAUUGGCAGCGAAUGGUUCCUCCUGAAACAAAACCGGGCGAUGGUGAUGGUGAUGGCGAGACCUUUUCCUUCAACAUCGAACCGUGGCAGGCCCAGCUACACUCGAAGUACGAAUGA